GCGUCUGCAGUCGAGUAGAUUUGCUCAUCGGCAACAUCGGCUACGUUUACAUUUAAUAUGUGGAAAUUAUAACAAUAAUAUCGCAUAAUCCACAUUGGACAACUAGCUACCGAACGUAGCAGCACAUAACCCGCAUUUCGUGACAAUAAAAUGCAUUUGUUCAAUCUGAAGAUCAUCAAGAAGCAAUACUUAGCGCUCGGGAUGUUGGUUUUCGUAGUAUUAUUUUUGUUUAAUUCAAAGCCCGCGUUUCAGUGUCAGUUAACCCCGGAUUCGUCAGCGUACUUGCCGACAAUAUACGGGAUUACGCCAACGUACGCAAGGUUGGCGCAGAAGGCUGAUCUGACAAGGUUGUCUCAAACUCUGAUGCUAGUGAAGAAUUUUCACUGGAUCGUCAUAGAGGACUCCGCAUCAAAGACUAAGCUAGUGGAAAACUUGCUCAAGGAAUCAAACUUAAAAUAUACACAUCUCAAUGUGAAGACUGAUAAGCCUAAGGGAUCUUCGAACCAUGGUAAUGGGAGCACGAUGAAUGGUCCCAAUGUUUGUCUAUUGAAGUCUAGAAAGUUCAACGCAACAACUGCGUUAUGCGCAAGUGGAGUGGAGCAGCGAAAUAUGGCUUUAGACUGGCUCCGGGGACACUUGAGGUCCCCAGAAGGUACUCCGGGCGUCGUAUUCUUCAUGGAUGACGACAACACAUAUGCUCUGAAGAUCUUCGAUGAGAUGCGAAAGAUCAAGCGAGUCGGCGUCUGGCCAGUCGGCAUAGUCGGUGGCAUGCGUGUAGAAAUGCCUCUAGUGACGGACGGCAAGGUGUCCGGCUAUAACGCGGUGUGGAAGCCGUACCGGCCCUUCCCCAUCGAUAUGGCGGGCUUUGCCAUCAACGCGACGCUGUUCCUCGACUUUCCUGAGGCGAAGUUCUCUAGGAAAGUGCAGUCUGGUUUCCAGGAAAGUGAAAUACUAAAAUACGUCGUAACGCAACAGGAGUUAGAGCCUCUAGCCGAAAACUGCACCAAGGUAUAUGUCUGGCACACUCGCACCCAGAAACCGUCUAUAAUCAGCCCGAAAAAACUCAAAAAGCCCCUGGUUCCUGACAACCACAUCGAGGUAUGAAAUGUUUCCAGCGUCAUAUCGGUUUUACUCUAAGCGUUGAACGCUUUGUAAUCCUAAGGGAUUUCGACUUAUUCCAUAUGAGCUGUGCUCCUUCCGUGUGUGAAAAUAUUCCUGAUUAUAUGUCAACGCAUGUAACGAAUUCACUAGAAGCCAAAUAUUGACGAUAUCCGUAACAUUAAAAGUAAGAGUCUCAAAAAAAUUAAGAAUUGCGUGACAUUUAGCUAAAAAUCAUUCGAAUGACAAAAUUUGGCAGUAAUUUUAAGUGCGUUAUCCGAUCCGAUAUCGGAUUUGAGACAGAUAUCCUAUACAUGAAAAGCACCAUCUUUUAAUGGCUUUGACAUCCUCCCUACAUCUGAUAUUGGAUUGUAUAAUGUGUAAACCCUGCAAGGGUGUUUAUUGGCCUACUUUGAUUCCGUGUCGGCGUAGCGUAGCGAAAAUGCUACUGUGACAUUUUAGUGUCAAACCUUUUCGAUACCAGGGGCCCAUUUCUCGAAGCUACAAGUUACAAUUUACAAGUGGUUGUCAAUGUCUAAUUAGACAAGUUUGAAAGAGACUUCCGCUUGUAACUUGUAACUUUCAGUUUUGAGA